CUAGCUUAAAUAAUUGCCACUUUUCUCUCCCCUAAGAGUGGCCCUACUGGUUGUCUCGGUUGGGACACUCUGAAUAAGGCAAGGGGUGUACCACAAACAACUUACUGUGUUACCUACUCAAACUUGUUUUUAUGUCCAUAGAUAAUAUGCUUCAUAGCAUCCGUUAUGUUCGGCGUGGAUGCAUUCCUCAACUUCAAGUUAUUCCGAAGCAAAGAAACACCAUCAGCAGGGCCGCCCGCUGUACCCACAUAAACUGGAUAGAUAUAAAAAAAAUUUACGCUUGCAACAUUAGAUUCCGGUAGUUUUAAAAGUUAGUUUUCUAGAUUAUGUAGUCCAUUCAUUGCAUGUUAAUUAUGCAUAAUUCAUAAGCUAGUCUGAAAGAUGUGUAUUUGAGUUCUUUAAACAGUUAUGUAUUGUUACUUGUUAGGAUGCUUUUAUUAUACUGAAACCAACUGAGCGAACAAUUUCAAAAAGUAUAGAAUUCGAAGAUUAGGAUCUUGAAACUCAAGAUAUGAAUCAAAACAAAACGAGAAUGAGUUAACUUUGUGUUAUUUCGAUUUUAUUCCAAAAUCAUCACAGGGCAGAGCAGGCCGUUUACAACAUUUGCCUAAAACUGUCGCAUACAACCUGCUUACAACUUGAGACAACUUGAGUGGCAAGAUGGCGUAUAUGCACAAGGCGCGCUGCAAAAGGUGUAUAAUAUACAUGGUCUUUUAUCGAAAUAUCAAAACUCAUUCUCGUUUUGUUUUGACUCAUAACUUGAGUUUCAAGUUCUUCCUGUUGUCAAAACUGCUCUCAGAUGAUGCAGGAAAUGGCAUUUCUACGUGUAUUCCGCAAGCCAUAGGAAAUCAAAAAAUUUUUGGGGUAGUGGACCAACUCCUCCCCCCCCCCCGGCCCCUACUUUAGCGCUCGACUUAAAAUCCUAGUUACGGGUCUGAAUCACACAUAUUGUGCAAAAAGAAUUACCAAACUAAAGUUCUAGACUUUAAAAUAUAUAGUAUUUUAUGAAUAGGUAUUUCAUCAUAUUUUAGUAUCCUGUCUUUUCGACAAUAUCAGAACAUAUUUUCGCUAUUGUUUUAUGUUGAGUGAAUAUAUUAGUCGUGUAUAUAUGACGGUAUAUAAGAAGGGUAUUUUAAAGUUGAUAUGUUGCAUAUCUAUAUAUUACAAGAAGACUGUGAAACAAGCGUGAAUUCGUGCCAACACUGCAGUAAUACGGUAUGUAUGUAGAUAGAUAUGUUAGAAAUAUUCUAGUAAUUGAAUAAAGUAAUACAAUGCAAAAAUUCCCUGAGUAUUUUGACUCAAGAACGUGAGCUAUCGACUAGUCAUUGGGGACUGGUAGCGAGUUUUGUCCAAUUUAAUCUUCGAGUUCGAAUCCCGCUCUUACAGUUAUUAGUGAAAAGAAAAAAUAUACAAAAGCAUGCAAUAACUAACCGUUAAGCAGGGGUCAUCCUAAGCCUAAUGCCUCCCAUUUUCCAAAAUAGUUAUAGAACGAAAACUUAAAAUGGGCAGUUCUAAAAUUGAGUCUUCGAGCUAUAUAUGAUAAUUAGUUAUAAAUUUAUUUAAGGCAAAAGCAAAUAUUUAAAAUAUUUAAAGGCAAAACCAAAUGUCUCUCUGAAAACGCAGGAAAAGGUCAUUCUGCAGCACUUCUAAAAUUCAAAAUUUUCCGAGGGAACCCCUAUAGCUAUUCAGGUAUUCAAUACGCCAUGACCUCGAACUCUCGUUACUGCCACACAGUUAGCCUGUGUUCACUACCUCACAGUCUGUGCUAGUCGAAAUGAGACUGAGUCCUAAAUUUUUCUUAGGGUGACCCCUGCCGUUAAAAUAAUCUGUUUUGGAAAGUUAUAAGAAAAGAGCAAACCAACUAUACGCCAAAACCCCAACCCAUUUCGAAGGAAGUUUUUUCGCUAGAGAUUAGUAAUCCCACUGCAAAACUUUGUUCAAUGGACCAUUCCCCAAUUAACCAAAAUUUUGAACUCAACAAGUCUAGACAAAAUUCCAUUAUAGCAUGAAAGAGCAUCACAAAAUUAGUAAUCGUUGCGAAAUGUUGUAAAAUGCGGAUGAUAUAGCCUUGCGAAAUUUGCAAUUUUCAGUCAUUUUGUAUUACGCACAGAAGUGGUAACCAUUUCCCGUUUGUAAUCUAAAAUGACUGAAAAUUGCAAACUUCGCAAGCCUAUAUUAUCUGCAUUUUACAACAUUUUGCAACGAAACUUUGGAAUAUUACUAAUUUUGUGAUGAUCUUUCAAGCUGUGAUGAAAUUUGUCUAGACUUGUUGAGUUCAAAAUUUUGGUUAAUUGGGGAAUGGUUCAUUAAGUCAUUCAAUAUAUUUCUCACCAGUCGACUUUUUUGUAGAUUCAAUAAUCAAUAUGGCUGGACUUGGGAGAGGAUGCGACUACUUCAAGUCUUUUCCGGGGAUCUUAAAAAUUAUUGAAUUUGUAAGUUUUGUGGCCUCUUUCUCCCUGCCUUCUGGAAAAAUCUGAAUUUUUGUUGCAACACUUGAAUCGAAUAUUACAAUACAGGAAAAAUGUCGAGUGUCCAUUCAGUAAAAUCUCAAUCUUAUUAAAAGGCCAACCAUAUAAGGUUAUACGACUUUUGUGUGAUAUUUAUUAUUUUUAUUAUAUUUUGUGUUGUAGUGGUUUUUGAAAGGGGCAAAAUAUAUCUUUAUGUAACGCGUAAUCCGUUUAACCAUUUAAAGUGAUGUACUUACAAAAAUUUAAUGCACAAAAAGUAGAAAAAUAUAAGUUUCUGAGUUUAAUACUGAAGUUUACACACAAGUUUUCGUUGCGCAAAGCAAUAUAUAAUAUCGUGCGCAAAGCAAUAAUUUUGACCCAAUUUGAUCACUGACGGAUCAAAUGCCUCAAGGCCUGGUCAAACGAGAGUUGAUAAUAGUUGACAAGUGGGAGUUUGCAUAAAAGUUUCCUCAACUUUCAUGCCCCGGUGAACAAGAGUUGCGUGAGAGUUGAUGAAAGAUUUUUUAGGAACUUUAUUGGGUUAACUACCAACAUACUUACAGAAAGAACACAACAAAUUUUAAGACUAACAUAAAAUAGGCAAAAGAACCCAGACAGGAUAAGUAGAAUGGGACACUAUAGGUCCUAUGCAGCAGUCCCACCGGGGGGGGGAGCGGGCGGGGGGGGGCGCUUUGCCCCGUCACCCUUAACAUUUCUUGAUACAAGAUUACUUAACUGAGAAUAUAAAUCCUGCUGCGUUAGUACUGGAUAAUAUGCAAUAAAGUGUAAUAUGGGGUAAAACACCUCUUCCCCCGUUUUACAAUCAUGGCACCCCCGGGAAAGUUUUGGCCCGGGCACCGUGCAACCUUUUCUGCGGUCCUGCACCAGACGGACGGAUGAUCGGUCUCUAGAACUAUUCCAAUCAUUCGUUUUCCCCUUUAGAUUGUAUUACUGAUCGCACUUGGCUCAGUAGGAUAUUUCUUUGAAAAAAUGGGAAGUAACACGUCGAAGACAGACAACCUGAAGUUUUUCCUCUUCGUGAUUAUUGUGGCCUGGAUCCUAGUCAUGGCGUUCUGGCUCAACUUCGUCAGCGGUCUGUAUGAAAAAAUGAGCGCCAUUAACUGGCCACUGGUCGUAAGUACUCCUUAGUCCAGGUCACAGAAUAAAGACAUACAGAAGUGUAUCUUCUUAUUAAAAGUGCGUAAGGAUUUUUUCAGUCCGCCAUGUUCUUAGCAAGUGCCCUAAAGAGAGGCAGUCACCCCCCUGAAAACAUAUUGAAAAUUUAAUAUUCCAGGGGGGUGAAUGCCUCUCUUUAGGGCACUUGCUAAGAACAUGGCCGCCAGCUAUUUCGGUAAAAAGCGCCUUACGGUUUUGUAAUGGAAGUUACACUUCUGUAUGUCUUUAUUCUGUGUCCAGGUAUACAUACGUAAAAACGCGCGCAAGUUGUAACAAACCUGCAACAGGCUUGUAACAAUGCUGUUCCAACAACUUGUCAUCGGGAUGUGUUCGCACUGCUUGUUCCCAGCUUGUUGACACGCCGUCAAUGGCUUGUUGACAAUGACAAAUUACUUGCUACAAGGUUGUUGAACUCGAAAGACUUGUUACAAGUUGUUCCAACAACUUGUUAUCGUCCUGCAAUUCAACAAUUUGUCAACAAGUUGUGAAUGACCACCUUGUAGCAACUUGAUAAAAUAACAGUACUCUUACAACUUGUUUAAAAGCUUGAAAACUCAGCGUUCCUGAGACAACAAUCGCAUUUCAUACGAAACAAAACGUUUUUGAAUUUGUGUGAAGAUAAAGUUAUAUUGUCCCAACAAUGUUUUGGAAGGUGGGAAAACACUAAAUAUUUCCUUGUAACAGGGCGGAAAUAUUUGAAUUUUUGCAAUUUGUACAAGCAUAUAAUUUAUUAUGGGUAUGGGGCUCCUGGGCUGAAUGUUGUUGCAUUUCGUUGCUAGGACGCGGUGGUGUUCGCAGUUUGGGCAGUACUGUUGCUUAUCUCCUCUGCACUUAUGGCAGACGCUGUGAAAUAUUACGAAGACAGCAAAUUCUGUGCACUGCUGGAAGACGCUAACACAAAACAACAAUGUGAACAUCUCAUUGUUGGAACGGUAGGUUGAAAAAUCAUAGAUAUUCCGCCUAUUUUUGCUCGUACCGCGUUUCUAUCAAACUUGACUUCUACUAUUGAAUACUGCGUUACCUCUCACUGGCUCAACGGGCAUCUGAUUGGUUAAUCAGGUACAUUGAAAGCAUCUGAUUGGUUAAUGCCUUAAUGAUAUUGGAUGAAAUUUACGCUGGCUGAGAAUUACUCACGUAAUUAAAAUCACCUAAAAUAUUAUUAUAAUCAGGUAUCAACUUACUCUGAGUGUAUAUCCAUACCGGGCAGGCUUGAAAAAUAUGCCUGGCCACGGUGGGAUUCGAACCUACGACCUUUGGAAUACUAGCCCAAUGCUCUGCCAACUGAGCUACGCGGUCAGGUCGGUUCGAGUAUGCGAUAUUUCGGAACUGAGUCUAGUUCCUUCGCUAUCAGUGUCAUCUAAUAAUCAUGAUAUUUGUUGUGUUGGUGUAAUGUACUCAGGUGAAUAUGAUGCUUGUGUGAUGUUACUCCGAGUGUAUAUCCACACCGGGCAGGCUUGAAAAUAUGCCUGGCCACGGUGGGAUUCCAACCUACGACCUUUGGCAUACUAGCCCAAUGCUCUGCCAACUGAGCUACGCGGUAAGGGUGGUGUGAAUCAUCCUUACUUGCAGCUGAGAGCUAGGCUGAAUCGCGAAGGACGCAGCUCAACCUGAUCUAGUCGAAAGCUUUCUAACAGCCACCUUAAUUAUGACUCAUGUCUGAUCAGGGAGUACAUACCAACACAGCAAAUAUCAUGAUUAUUAGAUUACACUGAUAUCGAAGCCGACUAGACUCGGUUCCGAAAUAUCGCAUACUCGAACCGACCUGACCGCGUAGCUCAGUUGGCGGAGCAUUGGGCUAGUAUUCCAAAGGUCGUAGGUUCGAAUCCCACCGUGGCGUGGCCAGGCAUAUUUUUCAAGCCUGCCCGGUGUGGAUAUACACUCAGAGUAACAUCACACAAGCGUAAGUGUCAUGUGUUCACAGCAAGCCGCAUGGCACAGAAGCCCCUAAAAGUUUCAUACCAACAUAUGCUUGUGUUUUUCUAGAUCUUUGGCUUCAUAGCAAUGGUGUUGUUUAUCGUUGACUCCGUUAUACAUUUUCUGAUACGUAACGUGCGCUCGACCACAACCACUACCACCACAACGAUUACAGUAGGCUAGAUAGAACUUUGAGUUGAUUGAAACUUUUCUUGUACUUUUAUAUCUAGUUUUUUCAUGACUCAUAUGUUUUACGAUGCGUUAAAUAAGAGCACAGAAUAUAGUAUUACAUAAGUAUGCCUACAUGCGUCUAUCAUGUGCAAGUUCCGAGAGCCACAAUAAAAAGUUGCAAAC